UCCAUCUCAACAUUUGAUUAGAAAAAUCGUAUUGGUAGAAUUAAUAUUUAAUUAGGGAGAAAUUUGUUGAAUGCAUAUGAUUCUGAUCAUGUGCACGUUCUCCCCCGUUUGUCUCGAAAGAGACAACGAGAGAGAGAAAGAGGGGAGAGAAGGGCUGGCGGUUGGGAUGAGGCCGAUUGACCAAUGUCUGGCUUUUACGCGCGAAGCCCACUUCAGGCACUUGCUGGUUUUUGUGCGCUGUAGUUUACUCGUUAUACGGAGGAUGCAAAUAAAUGUAUCAAUCGAUCAUGGGAACGUUUCACAACAGAGGAAUUUGACUUAAAUGCUUAGACCUGAAAGGACAAGAAUUAACUCAGUUUGCAGUUUCAUUAUAAAAGGGCUCAAGCAAUGGAAUCCAAUCGUCCGGGAAUCCGAGGGCUGAACCAACAACAUACUCUCCUCUUUCUCUACCUGAGUCUUUGGAAUAAGGUAGCGGUGGCGAUGCACCCAGAUUGCGCCAUCAUCUCCCAUCACCUGCGGAGCCGUGAGAUUUGCCUCCAGACCAGGAAGAGCGAGGAGCGGAACAAUUCGGGCAGCCGCAAAGGCUGUGAGACCCAGUGGGAUGAGGUGCGCUGCUGGUUCAACGUGGACGAGGGCCAGGUGGUCAACGUGUCCUGUUCCGAUAUCUUCCAGCACUUCUCUGCCGGUCAAGGCUACGUCUCCAGAAGCUGUACUGCCGAGGGCUGGAUGGACCUCUCUCCUCCCUACGAGGAGGCCUGUCUGUUCAGCCAUGACGAGGGACCUGAGUCUGAGACCAUUUUUCUGUCAACGUUCAGGAAGGUGUACACGGUGGGCUACGCCACCUCUCUGGUCUCCCUCAUAACGGCAGUCGGGGUGUUCACCGUCUUCAGAAAGUUCCACUGCACCAGGAACUACAUCCACAUGAACCUCUUCUGCUCCUUCAUCCUGAGGGCCAGCGCCGUCUUCAUCAAAGACGCCGUGCUGUUCGCCGACGAGACUCUGGACCACUGCUCCAUGUCCACAGCGACCUGCAAGGCGGCCGUGGCUUUCUUCCAGUUCAGCAUCCUGGCCAACUACUUCUGGCUGCUGGUGGAGGGGCUGUACCUGCAGACCCUGCUGGCGCUCUCCUUCGUCCCCCAGAGGAAGUACUUCUGGGGGUACAUCCUUAUCGGAUGGGGGCUGCCGUCCAUAGUUCUCAUCAUAUGGGUGUUGACCAGAUAUCUCUAUGACGACAGAAGUUGCUGGGAUGACACGGACCAUGUCGGUAUUUGGUGGAUCAUUAAAGGACCUAUCACACUCUCCCUUCUGGUGAACAUAGUCAUCUUCAUCAGUGUAAUCCGAACUGUGGUUUACAAACUGAAGCGUCCGGCUAUUGGCGGGAGCCAGGACACCGGACAUUUCAUGAGGCUGGCUAAGUCCACGUUGUUCCUGAUUCCUCUAUUUGGGAUGCACUACACCGUGUUUGCCUUCCUGCCGGAGGGCACCUGCCUAGCAGCCAGACUCUACCUGGAGCUGGGCCUCGGGUCAUUCCAGGGCUUUGUAGUGGCGAUGCUCUACUGCUUCAUGAAUGGAGAGGUCCAGACCGAGCUGCGGCGGUGGCUUUGGCGGCGUCACUCUCAGGGUUAUUUCUCCACCAAGCGCCCCGUUACUGUCACCCAGUUAACCGCCCUGGACCAGCGCGGGCCCCCAAGGGCCUCCCUCAGACACAGCUCUGCUGUGUGACUGUACCGUAGCAUACCAUACAGUCCCAUACUGUACCAUACGGUACCAUACCCUACCGUACCGCCCUGUAGCGUAGCAUACAUCACGCCAUAACAUACUAUACCUACCCAACAUGCUUUACUGUAGCAGUACUGUACUGUAGUAUACUUUACUGUACCUAACCGUACCCUACCAUAGUACAUUGUACCGUAUCGUACCAUACUGUAACAUACCGUACCGUACUGCUACAUACCGUUCUGUACCGUACCGCACUGUAGCAAACCAGACCAACACUGUACUGUAGUAUACUUUACUCUACCAUACCAUACCGUACCAUGCUACAUUGUACCGUACGUUACUGUAACAUACCAUACCUUAUUGUUCCGUAACACACUGUAGCAUAUGACACAACAUCAUACCAUAUCGUACUUUACCUACCCAACAUAUUGUACUGUACUGUAGCAUUCCAUACCGUACCCUAUGAUACCAUGUUGUUCUACCGUACCAUACCAUCAUUUACUGUACCCUACUAUAUCACACCAUACCAUAACAUACUGUACCAUACCAUACGGUACGAUGCCAUGCUGUACUAUACUGUACUGUACAGACACAGCCAGCACCAGAGACUGUUAUUCCGUGCCUCUCACAGCCACAGAAAUGAAGGUAGAGGCGAGGCCGUGCGGAAAGGGAAAUACAUGCAGACAGCUCUGGAGACCUUUGUGUUGGUUGUACUGAGCUAGCAUGACAUUCACGAUGUUCCCGUGGAUAUCGUUCAGCGAUAUUUAUUCAGGGCGUUCAAAGCCGUUUAACAAGGUGUGUUUGUGUGUGUGUGUGUGUGUGUGUGUGUGUGUGUGUGUGUGUGUGUGUGUGUGUGUGUGUGUGUGUGUGUGUGUGUGUGUGUGUGUGUGUGUGUGUGUGUGUGUGUGUGUGUGUGCUCAGCGUCAUGUAUGGCGUGCAUGCAUGGGACAGUGUGUAUGUUUAAACACUGCAGUUGUGGAGAUAACCCUUUGCAAUGUUAUCUCGUUUUGAUAUCCUCAUGUGCUGUGUGUGUGUCUACGGUAAAAACUCAUUUUAGCACGUUUUGGCUUUUGUUGUCAGGCUCCCUUUCCAGUCAGAUAACCUUUUCUGCCUCAGCCGCAGGUUUAAGCAUAUUUACUGAUCCACAUGCAGUACAUGAAUCGGGAAGCGUUGGUCAAGCGCCCCCUUGUGGUUAAAUAAUGGAUUACAGUCGUGUGGCUGUCUUGAGUUUCAGCAUUACUAUUUAGUCAAUCAAAUUAAAAUAUACUGUAUAUUAUUAACGUAAAUAUACAAUAUAUGCAUUAUAAUUUAUAAACA